AUGUCAGUUAAGCCCAUUGAUACAUUUAUAGUGAAUGGUAUAAGAUUAUUCGAAAUAAAUCCAUCACAAUCGACAAUUUCCAUAACAUAUAAUCCAAAAAAUGGCAAGAAAGAGAAAAGUUCAAAUGUUUCAUUCAAGAUUCAUAACCCUCAUUUGAACACAAACUACAAAUUUAGGACAAAUAAAAGUAAAGACGUCUCAAAGCUACUGAACUCAUUGGGCCCAAGAGGUGUCACUAUUAUCCCAAAGAGGAAAAUAACCAAAAAACUGUUGCAUGCUGAUAAAACAAGCAAGAAGAUUAAAACUAUCAACACUGUUGGUCUAAGUGCUUUUAUGGCUAAUACUAAAGUUAAAGAAUAUAUUCCUGAAACAAAAGCUGCACCAGCAACCACUAAUUUGUCUAAGAAAAAGAAAAGCAAGAGCAGGAAUAAGAAGAAACAUUAA